AUGUCCUCUACUUCUGAACUUUAUAAUAAGAAGUGCUAUUGCACAAAAUGCAGUGAUAAUCAGCAAGGCUACAGCUUUGUUUCUACACAAACCCUCCAGCGUCACAAUAAAAGAGCAAGAUAUGAAGACAUGGAAAGAAGUGAAAGAAAUGUAUCUGUUCAAAGAAAUCUCAUGGAUAUUGAUUUUGAAACUACAUCAAACCAACAAACCGGACCCAUGGAAGCAAUAGGCGGUCAGACCAACUCGCCUGUUUGGGAAGGAGCCCCAAUUUCUGACGAUGAGGUUGCUUUUAGCAAUGAGUUGAAUGGCAAAAGCAGUGAUGGUGAUGAAAAUGACAAUGACGAAGAAAGCAAUGGCAGUGAAGAAAGUGAAGACAAUGAAGAGAAUAUUGUUGAGAUUGAAGUCGAAGAAUUCGAUACUGAAGAUCCUUUUGCCACCCCAAAUAUGCCUGAAAAUCCAGUACACAGGUUCAUUGCUACUUUUGUGGUAAUGUUUGCUUCCCGCUAUGUGGUCAAUAAGGGCGCUGUUGUCUUGAUCGAGUUCAUCAACAAGCUCUUGUCGAUUUACGAGCAGGAUUUCCAAUUGCCCAUGAGUCUUUCUGGUCUCCAAAGCAUGACAGGAUUCUCAGCCAUGACAAAAGGGAUUAAGAGAUUUGUCGUGUGUCAGGAUUGCCACAAGGUGUAUGAGGAAAGUGUACCUGCUCCUUUGAAUUGUGAUUUUGUAAAGCUUGGUGCACAUACCGCCUGUAAUUGCAAAUUAAUGGUCCAAUCAUUGUCUGGUGGUUUGGUCGCAAAGAAGUCUUAUUUGUAUCGCCUUGGAUACUUUGAUCUAGUACGUGGAACGAUCAUUGAUCCCAUGCAUAAUCUUUUUCUGGGAACACCAAAGAGAAUGAUUGAAACAUGGACAAAAAUCAAAAAAAUGAAAAACAAUGAUCUGCUUGCAAUGCAGACAGUUGCAGCAAUGAUGAUAUUGCCCAGCAACUAUACCAAGCUGAAAACAAAGAUAGGAAAGGGCUUUUCCCACAUGAAAGCAGAUGAGUGGAAGUCUUGGGUAUUUGUGUACUCUCCUGUGCUUCUAAAACCAGUUCUUCUGUCCAAUAUGUUCAAUGGUUGGAUGCACCAUGUAAAAGCAUGCCGUAUACUUGUAAAGCUGUCAAUCAGUUUCAUUGAAAUAGACCAAGCACACAGAUAUCUACAAGAAUUCUGUCAAUCUUGUGAAGAUACAUAUGAACCAAAAGUCCUCACCUGCAACAUGCACCUGCACCUUCAUCUUCAUGACACAAUUUAUGAUUUUGGACCCGUGUAUAGCUAUUGGCUCUUUGGUUUUGAGAGAUACAAUAGUUUGUUAAAGAAUAACAAGACAAACAGAAAAGACAGGUUUGAAACAACCUAUAUGACAAAAUUCACUGCAGACGCAUACAAAGCUGAUUACUCCUUAAAAGAAUCAACAAUGAGUGAUAUUGAUUAUCCUCAAUUGUUAGAUUAUUAUAAAAUCGCCUAUGUCAUGCCCAAUCUCAUUUCUUAUCACAAUGCCAGAUUGUCACAAUAUUUUGUAAAUAACCAAAUCACAAAAUUGAAAUCAAUUGAUCUCCUUGGCCAAACAUAUAUUGGGAACAACAGUUCUGGUAAGCGCGGGUCACUCGUUCAAGCUUUCUUCCAUAGCAGCAAUGGUCGAACUUCAAGCCUAUAUACCGGACAAAUUCAGUAUCUUUUUAUACAUUCAUUUACUCUGCCUCCUCAUCCAAACCACCAAGCAUCAACAUUACAUCAAGACCAGCAUGUUUUUGCAUACAUCCGAUGGUAUAAUUCAACAAAUGACAAUGAACACAGAGAUAAAGGUAUUGCAAUCUGCUUGCCAGAAUUCUCUGCUGAUAAUUAUCACAGCAUCUUGCCUGUACAUCGCAUACACUUAGAGGUUGCAACUGCUGUAGAUGUAACUGAUAUGAACGAAGAAAGAAUGCUGGUCAUUCCUAUGCCAAAAAAAUAG